ACCAAACCGCAACGGUCCACGGACGCCACAAGUCUGACCGCGACGAACAUCACUUGCGCGUAGCGAAGCCGGCAGCCGCGACGGGCCGACGGCCCUCCUCCAAAUCUUCCUCUUGUCCUCUUCUCGUCACGCACCCGAAAUCCUCCUCGCCUGCAGCUGCAUCGAUCGGGCCGAUAGAACCCCACGGAAUCUCGAUUCUCGAACCGAGGCUGCAGAAAACGCGUUGAUCGAUCAUUCAGCCCCAUCCUCCAGAUCCGGACCAGGCGGCGCCCCGACGCCCUCGUCGGGGAUCCCGGAUCUGUCGUCGAGGGAGCCGCCGGGGCGCCACGACGGCCGAUGCGAUCAGCAGCAUCCCUGCCGCGCUGCCAGAAUCGGCAACGAAUCGGCUGACGCGGUAACUAGUCUCCCUCCCGCCGGGCUCCCAGCCGAUGGGCGCCUGCGGAUUCACCGUGGUCGUCGUGCUGCUACUGCUCGCCUCGGCGCUACUCCCUGCCCCUGCUUCUGCUUCAGGUAGAAGCCUUCCGGAAGGCGAUGAACCCAACUCCGGCGAGCACGCUCCUGCACCUACCGUUUCUGGGCAGUCUUCAGCUGCGGGGCAGCAGGCACCAUUGCAAUCACCAUCGAAGGAUACCAAGGGAAGGAGUGAGCCACAGGCAUCUGCAUCAACACCGCCGCCGCCGCUCACGAAGGAGACUAAUUUGCAGAAGGCGGCCAGUCCUGCCCCUGGAGGUCCAGGACCGAAUGGCGGGACGAACCCUGAGGACACAGGAAGUCAGGGGAGGAGGGAGGAGACUGAUAAACUGAAGGAGGUGAUGGAGAAGUGUGCGCACAAGCACAAGUGUUCCUCUGGAAAGGAUUUUUCUGCUUGCCUUCAGGUUUCUGAUAAUGCUUCAGUUGGGUCAUAUAUUAUUGUCCAUAAUAAAGGCCAACAUGAUAUUGACGUUAAUGUCACAGAACCAUCAUCAAAUAUAAAUAACGAUAAGCCUCUACAUCUUAUCAAGGGUGCCUUUGAAAAGAUGAGCAUAAAAACCACUUCAAAUGUUGGGAAUAUUACUUUAAGUGAUGGAAAGGAGGACUGCAUCAUACAUGUUGGGCAAUCGGUUUCUGAUUUGCAGAAACAGUUGCAGCAGAUUGCAGAUGCAAUGCGUUUGAAUCCAAUUUAUGGAGCCUCUUUUUUUGUUUUCACUAUUGUUUUGGUUGGCGUUGUAUGCGCCUGCUGUAAGUUUGCAAAGAGAAGAGGCAAUGAUGGAGUCCCAUACCAACAGCUUGAGAUGGGAGGUCAGGCACCAAACUCUUCAGGGGUGGACAACACCGCAAGCACCACAGAUGGAUGGGAAGACGGCUGGGAUGAUGACUGGGAUGAUGAAGAAGCACCAGCAGGACCUGCAGAUAAGAAACCUACGAGCAGUGUCUCAGCAAAUGGCCUUUCGUUGAGAUCACAGGUACAGACGAAUAGCAAAGAUGGUUGGGAUGUGGAUUGGGAUGACUAAGCUCCUACGGAACUUUGAAUGUAGCAUUCAAAUGAGGUAGAAGAUACUUCCAUCUGCCUGACUUGACAAAAUAAGUCAAUGAAAGACAACUACCGCUCGAACUGAUGGAACUCAUGCUUGACAAAGUGACCCUUAUCCUGGAAGAGGUGAAGGAUUGCCCCACUUCAUACGGUUUGUACAAUAGUGUUCCAAUUUUUUUUCCUCAGGUGAUACACGAACUGUUAGCAGUACGGAUUUUAGUUCUUUUUGGGUUGUAAUGCUACAAAAGAAUUUGUUAGUAUAUAUAGCCAAAACACACAUUUUUAUUCUUUGGCGGAGGUAAUUAUUCUUUUGUGCACA